CUUCGGCUCCAGCGAGAUGGCGCAGCUCGCGUUUCCGCCCAUGGAGCCGACGGCGCCCCGUUCGGCGCCUCGAGUCCCGUUGGCUUGGUUUGAAGCGGGCGGCCAGGGGUAUCGAAGACUCUCAGAGCAGAGGCCCUGGGGCCGAAGUUUCGCCGCUGCAGCCUUUGCUUGGACAUUGAGACGCGCGACCCGAAGCGCCCGAAACAGUCGGCUGACUCGGAGGGCAGGCGAAGAGGUGAAGGUGCAGAGCAAAGAGGCCGAAGCUCUGGAGUACCUCGAUGGCCAGGAGAGCCAAGAGCUGGCCGUCUCUGGGGAGGCGCAGGUGAUGACGGUGAAGAAGGGCAAGGUGCGACACAAGGAUUUGGUGGACCCGGCGCUGCCGGAGGGCGUGGCGCCCUACGCGCCGGGGGAGGGCUACGGCUCCAACGCCAUCCCCUUCGUCGGGGAGGCCCCGAAGACCUCGAAGCGCCGGAACCCGGGGAACCGGAUGAAGGCCAUUAAGAUGCUGGAAGAUGCGAAGGAGAUCGCCGAGCGCAAGAAAGAGGAGCGCGCGGUCCGGAAGAUGCGCCUGCCCUCGCAGCAGCUGCCAGUGCCAGAGAGCGUCUUCACAGAGUUGGAGGAGAAGGGCUGGCUGGAGCAGCUCGCCGCCGAAGGUUUGCGGCUAGAGGUGCAGGAGACGGAGCCUGAGUGGGUUCGCCUUCAGAUCUCGGGAGAGGAGGAGAAGGUGAGGGCAGGUGUCCUGAGACUAAUGUCCCUCAUGGUGCCUCCCCGUGCCGCUUGACCGCGAUGCACUUCCGUUAAUGGCCCUGGCGAAACGGACGGCCCUCUGGGCCCGAACGAGCGCGCGCGAGAGGACCCAAAAGGGGCGGUUUGCGCGCCGAAAGC